CAUGAUCAACGCCCUUUCUGAAGAACAUAAAGGAGAGCGGGAUCCUUCCCUGCACAUAAACUCCAGGAAGAAUCUACAAAAAUCAAAGACAUCAGACCUUAAUAUGAUGUUUUUGUUCAUUUUGUUUGGUCUCUCUCUGGCUGCUGUGGCUCCUUCAGACAGGCAGGAGCCGAAACUGCUCCGUGGGGGCUGCAACAACUUUUGGUACGACUUUGAGAACAGCUGUUACAAAUACGUUGCCACAUUGAUGACCUGGGCUGAUGCAGAGAAGCAUUGUGUGUCCCAGGGAGCCAACCUGGUUUCCAUCCACAGUAUGGAAGAAGAGAACUUUGUGAAAGACCUGAUCAAAAACUUUGAUCCUGCUGAGGGGGUCAAUUGGAUCGGACUCUCUGAUGCUCAGCAGGAUGGAACAUAUUUCUGGACUGAUGGUUCUCCAUUUGAUUUUAGUUUUUGGUAUCCAGGAGAGCCAAACAAUGCAGGGGGAGCUGAACCUUGUGUUCACACCAACUCAGGCACAGACAAAAAAUGGAAUGACAUUGUGUGCGCAAAUAAAUUUGCCUCUGUUUGUAAGGUUGAUCAAGUUUGUCAGUAGCUUCUGACAAUAAUUUGUAAACCUGCUCAGUUGUUUUAAAUGUGCUGAUAAAAAUAAAUCAACUUAAA